AGUCUAAAUGAAGUCACGCUUGGUGCUAGCGAGUGCGCAUAAGACGCGCCUAUUGCUCCAUUUGUUGGCCACUGUGCAUCUGGGCUAUGCGAUCUACUAUGAGUACUUCUAUGCGCAGCUGCCAUCAGUAGCCGUGCAGCUGGGACUGCUGGCGCCCGUGGGUGGCAAGUUCAAGUAUCUGACGUUCCUCAACGGGCUGCUGCAGUGCGGCUACUAUCUGCUCGCUAGUCUACAUGAUCUGCUGAGGCUGCAGCGACUGCAGCAGUGGCGAGACUAUCUGCUGGCCUGCCUAGUGCUGCCCUUGGCCUUAACUUUGAGCGUGACUUUCUGGACGCUGUGUGCCAUCGAUGGUGAGUCGAUCUAUCCGUACUUUUUGGAGCUGAUCUAUCCGAAGUGGCUCAAGUGGACCAUGCACUGCCAUGUGGCUGUCUAUGCGCUGCUGGAGUUGUGCACCACUGCACAUCAAUAUCCGAAACGAGGCAGGGGACUCGCGGGCUUGACUGCUGCCCUAAUCCUUUAUCUAAUCUGGAUAUAUUUCGUGCUCUUUUACACCGGCAUCUGGAUCUAUCCGUUUUUGGGUGCAUUGAUGCCGGCGACCAGGCUUUGCUUCUUUGCUGCGAUCAUACUGCUGGCCUGUGGCUACUACCUGGUCGGCGAGCGCAUAAACCAAGUGCUCUGGACGUCCUCCAGGGAGAAUGGGCAUUAAGGAAUGGUUCAUAAUAAAGCAAUUUCCGUUUCUCCAAUUCACGUUGACUGCGGGACGACGCGAGCUGGUUGGGUUGGUAACAAAUUUGCAUAGAAAUGCGCCGGAGUCGACUCGCUGCUCGACGGCCAACGGAAAUUGAAGGCAAUAAUAAUGACAAUUGAGUUGUCAAAAUGUUACGAGUGCGAAUGCGAGUGCGAGCGCGAGUAAAGGAAAACCAAGCCCAAACCCAAAUUCGAAGCGGACUGUGUUGUCCGUGCCAAGG